GGAAGCUAUAGCCCUUAUAAAUGCACUUGAAAAAAGUUAAACCAUAAACAAAACUUAUGAACCGUCACGUUUGACACAUGAUCGUUAUUGCCAGAUGUAUGAUAAUUUUCACAACUUGAUUGAAAUAUUUUACUUGUUGGGAUAAGUGAAAAGAAAAACGUUUAUUUGUAAAAGCUUUCUUUAAUGCACUUCUAACAGCAAAUUUAAAUUAAAGCUUUUCGUAUACUUUGAAUUUUCGAUAAAUCUUUAAGGUUUAAAAAACUGUGGAUAAUCUAUAUGUCAAUUUAGCGUGAUAUUAUCGGAAUUCUCCCGGUAAUUCUUCUUUAGUAGUGUGGAAACACCGCAGCUGACUUUUUAUGUUGAAUGCAAGAGAAAUAUUGAAUUCUACGUUUUAUACUUAUAAAUAAACAAUUUAAUUCACAAUUAGACGUAGUCAAAUGAGUAUAGUUGUCAUCGGUGCAUGCGGCAGCAUGCGUUGCUGCCGUGCGUUCCCGUACAUCCGUCGGCCGAGCUGUCACUUUUAAUCGGGGCUUCUGGUGGAGUUUAUGAAUAAUAACAGGAUAUUACUAUGAUAAUAUGGCCGUGCAGUCGGACUCCGGCGGGAAGGAUGACGUGAAGACGCAGUUCGUGACGCGGGAGGGCACGUACCGCCUGAUGACGCUGUCGGAGUACUCGCGGCCCAACCGGGUCGGGUACACGAGCGGAUCGGGCUCCUCUCACGUGCGCGUGUCGCUGGUGUCGCUGCCGCCGGGCCCGGGUGCCGCACCAGGCUCGGAUGGGCCGCCCUCGGACGACAGAAUAUGCUUCAAUCACGGCAAGGAGCUCUAUGUAUAUGUGUACAGGGGAGUUAAGAAGGCAGCUGACCUAACAAAACCGGUGGACAAGAAGAUGUACAAAGGCACAAACCCCACUUGCCACGACUUCAACACAGUUACGAUGGCUCCGGACAGUGUGGCGCUGGUCAUUGGCUUCAGUACUGGACAGAUACAGCUCAUAGACCCUAUCAAGAAGGAAUUAAGUAAAUUGUAUAAUGAAGAGAGACUGAUCGAUAAAACACGGGUGACGUGUAUCAAAUGGGUCCCCGGCUCUAGUAACCUGUUCAUAACGGCCCACGCCUCAGGGCAACUGUAUGUUUACAACGAGGAGUUAACUUGUGGAACUACGGCGCCGCAUUAUCAACUUUUUAAGCAGGGGGACGGUUAUUCAAUACACACGUGUAGAACUAAAUCCACGAGGAAUCCAUUGUACAGGUGGGUGAUCGGCGCCGAGGGCAGCUGCAUAAACGAGUUCGCGUUCUCGCCAUGCGGGACGAACCUCGCCGUCGUCUCCCAGGACGGUUUCCUCAGAGUAUUCCACUACGAUACUAUGGAGCUGAUCGGGAGAGCCAGGUCAUACUUUGGAGGUUUUUUAUGCGUAUGCUGGUCGCCCGACGGCAAGUACGUCGUGGUCGGAGGAGAGGACGACCUGGUCACAGUUUGGUCGUUCAGCGAGAGGCGGGUGGUCGCGCGCGGGCAGGGCCACCGCUCGUGGGUGUCGGUCGUCGCCUUCGACCCGUACGUGGUCAGCUUUACCGACCCGGAGAGCGAGGAGCCCGAGGAGGAGAGACAGAAGAGUGACGUUCAGUGCUAUAGGUUAGGAAGUGUAUCCCAGGACACGCAGCUGUGCCUGUGGGACCUGACGGAGGACGUGCUGCGGCCGCCCGUGCGCGCGCGCGCCUCCGCGCACCUGUCGCCCGGCGCGCCCGCACUGUCGCCCAACGGCGUGCCCGGCAAGCCGCCCGCCAAGUGCGCCAAGACCAACAAGGUCGGCCAUAAGCACGCCGAGCUGAGCAACGCCGCCGGCGAGCCGUCCGGUGCCAAAUCCAAAACGACGAAGGUCAACAACGUGUCUACUUUGAACAUAAGCGUGGGUAAAGCUAAAGAAGAGACGGCGAUAGGGGUGAAUUCUUUAACGCAGCGUUUAGCCGGGUUCUCUUUCGGCGAGCGACGCUCGGAGCAUCGGCGGAACUUCAGUCUGACGUCGAAACCCGAGCAGAAGUCAGCGUCGAACACGGUGGCAAUGCGCGGGAAAUCCGCCGGCGCGCCUGACUCCUGCGACCCCGUGAAGCUUAUAGGGACGCCGUCGUGCCCGCGCUUUGACGAGUGCCCCGUGCUGGAGCCGCUGGUGUGUAAGAAGAUCGCCCACGAGCGCUUGACGGCGCUGCAGUUCCGUGCGGAGUAUUUGGUGACGGCGUGCGCGGACGGCUGCGUGAACACGUGGGCGCGGCCGGCGCGCGCCAGCAACGGAGAGGCGCGCGCGCACCGCAGGUUCGAGCGCAUCGACCUCGUCGACUAGUCCUUUAAGAAUAGGCGCCUAGGAUCCGCCAAGGCCCUGCUUCAUUGAUGGCGACCCCGACCCUUGAGGUUCUUGUCCGCCGACGAGGUGAGGGGAGCUGGAAAGUGGAAAUAUGCGGUCUAUCCAUAGAAAUUUUCAAAUCUGCCUCUCGUCGCUUUGUAGAAAAGCUUUAUCGGAGCCGUUCACAUCCUGAGGAUCUACCGCCUAAGUCGAAAUUUUAUUACAUGCCCUCCAUCGCUCGAAUAUGAAAGAGUGAACGAAGUGAAACAGUCACUUGACUCGUAAUGAUGUGACUUCGUUAAAACGGCUCAAUGAUAAAAGUUCUGUUGUAAAGUAACAUCCGAUCGCUUUUAAAACUGUUUACACAAAGGAAACUAUUUAUUUAAUAUUACUCUUCUAUCUCUAAUGUCAACUGUAAUAUGAGGCCCUUAGUCCCUAGCGGAAUUGUGAAUUUAAUUUGAAUUUCUUCAUUCCUCUUAGUUAGUUAAAGUAUAAUAAAUAAUUAUCCUUCAGCUUGUCCGUAGACAUUUCUCUAUAGGUUCCUUGAGAGAAACAUUGUUGCAUUUAGAAUGAAAUAGCAUUAAAUAAUAAUAUGAUAAUAUUUCAUACACUUGACUUGAACUGUUGAGCAACGAAUUAUUUUAAUAUCGGAAUAUAAUUCCUUUGUGUAACAUUUUUAAAUAAACUUAAACUAUACAGAAUUCUUUUCUGUCAGUACUCUUAGAGAUGAAUAAGUAGAGUCACCCUAAACAACUCUUAAUUGCGAAAAAAUAUACAAUAGGUACUUGGUAUUCCGGGGCUCGCCAAUCCCGCAUGCCCAGUAAUCUGGUACCUAAUUCACGCACACUCCGGCACUUUAUACAACAUAACGCCGAAUUACAACGCGGUUGCAUUUGAUAUGUAGAAUUUAUUUUCUAUUAAAGCUUUUAUUUCCCAAAUAAAUCCAAUAAUUCGACAGUCCCAAUAUUCCGGCACAGGGAGAAAAAUCCAGGUGCCAGAUAACCGAGCGCCUACUGUAGAUGUUUUCUAAGGAAAAGCCAAUAUUGAUGGCCAUUUCAGGGUUGGUCCAAUAGUAAAAGUUCUUCAGUAAGACCUAUUUAUUGACCUGUCAGAGUAAUGUUAAUCUUAAAGUACCUUUGUAUAAAGUUGUAAAGGUAGCUAAAUCUGUAAAAUACAAUGGAGGCAUUUUCCGGACGAGCCAUUGGCGGGCCUUGGGCGGCGUAACACGCAGACUGUUCUCUGAUUAUUAUUCCAUUUUAGAGUGUUUGUUGAAGGUAAAGUGUGCACUGGAGCUUUGUUAUGUUAGAUAUAAAUUGUAACUUAUAAUUAAUUUGAACUAUGAACAGGUUGCAACCAUCCUUAACCAAUUGACUCUGACCCAGGGAGAACAACCAUUGGACCCUUUCGUACGUGAUGAAUUGAUGAUAAAUGGACAUAACAAAACCUUAUCUUAUACUUAUCAUUAUUGUUUACCUCAUAAUAGUUAAAAUAAAUGUGCACGUCUUGCCAUAUAUGUCAUCGGCGUCAAUGUGAGAGCGUAAUAUUGUGUAUCAAGGUAAUGAAGUUUUGUAACUAGAAUAUUUAAUAAAUCUGCAUACAGAAUUGAAUGGUCUUAUCUACUACUAUAAGUUAUUUUCACAUUAGUCCGAACGCCUUAACACAAAAAGUGCAAUAUUUAUAAACCUGAUGUGUUAGAAACUUAGAAUAUGAAGAAUGAAUGUCAAUUUCACAACAAAGCUCCAGCUAGGGUAGAUAGGUUAUGGCCCAGUCGAUGUUAGGGCCGGUACAGACGGACUGCAACUCGACUGCAACUUGUAUGGGAACUGCACGUCAACGUUGCAGUUGGAAUGCAGUCGGCAUGCAGUUCCCAUAUAAGCUGCAGUCGAGUUGCAGUCCGUCUGCACCGGCCCUUAGUGAAUAUACUAUUGAUGUCUUACCCCAUAGAGCUCACGUUAUCGUGGCAUAUGGCAUCGGCUGGGCUAAGAAUGAAAGUUCUAGAUAGCAAUAGAAAUGAGAUUUAAAUUGUAUAGAAGAAUGUAAAUUGUAAAUCGAUAAGUUAAUAUAAUUCCUUCUCAGCUCACCCUUGUAAAUAUAGGUGUAUAUUAGGUUGUAAUGCAAUCCAAGAUUGCCUAUCCCACACUCUUAGUUAUACUUGAGGGAUAAUAUUUAUUUUAUUUUUUAUUACAUAUAAAUGUUGACUUGUCUGUGAGACUAAUCGAAUUGUAAUGUCAGACUUGUUGAAGUUUUGUUUUAUUAUUAAGUUUCAGCUAUUAGAGUAAGUAGGAUAGUGGAAUUAUUUUAUUGUAGGUAAUCGUAUUGCAUUGCUACAUUGUUUGACUUGUACCCCGCUAUGAGUAUACGUUCGUUGUGUAACAGGAUUCAUUGCAUAUGAUAUGAUCAAGGUUUGAAAAAUCUAGUAUGUACAUAAAGAAAUAAGAAGUAAUAGAGUGCUCACUCCAUACAUCAGUUUUGGUAACAAAAUGCUUAUUAUUUUCGCAGUCGACAUUUAGCAUCGAGUUGCGGAACUCUCAGUACUGCUACUGGACAAUAGAUAUCGCGGCAAACAAAAAGUGUAAUGCUCAACUAUUUUCGGCUAAUAUUAUUUCUCCUACUCUAUUUUUAACUCCUACGCUUACCAGAGUAAGCGUAGGAGUUGAAAAUAGAGUUCCGGUUACGCUGGUUAUAAAAUUCGCGGAAAAUCGUUGAGCAUUAGACUUUUUGUUUGCCGCGAUAUCUAUUGUCGAGUAGCAGUACUGAGAGUUCUACUACUCGAUGCUAGAUCUCGCCUGCGAAAAUAAUAAGCAUAUUGGUACCAAAACUGAUGUUUGGAGUGAGCACUCUGUUACUUCUUAUUUCUCUAUGGUAUGUAUUAAGGGCAUUAGGAUUUAUUUUAUCGAGUUGAAAUCUGUUUAGUUUCGUGCCCAGUCUCUGGCAAUAUAUUUCUCACGUAAGAGCGAAAUAAAAGUAACAGUUGUUUCCAAGGAUUUGCACGAUAAACUAAGAGGGAAUAUACCUAUUCUAGACUGAAGCAAUAUACUUAGAAUACUCUAAAAUCGCCACUUAAUAAUAACAAGAUAAAGACGGGUUCAACACAGAUGGGCCACGAAGAUAUUGCCGCGCAAGGCAGUUCGUUAUGUGUGAAAUUGCCCUUAAUGUAAUUUAUGUGAUUAAAUGAAAAUAUAUACGAGAAUGUUCGGCGUACCUAUAACCGUGCGGAGGUACAAGUCGGAUAAUUCCAUUUGAUCAUAUAGAUCGUGCAAUUUAAUAAAACGAUACAAAUUACGAUAUGUAUUUAAUUCUGAACCACGUUUUUACAAUGGACAUAUCGGUGAUCUUUCCUAAGUGUUUUAAGAGGUCCCUUUUUGAAACCUCUAGUGCAUCUUUACAAUAGAAAUUAUGCAUGCUUGCAUCAUCUCGAAGGAGUUCACGCAAGGCAUGAUUUCGAAUGCCAGUUGUUAUUGAGCUAAUAAUUUGAAUGUUAUUUAAGUAUAACCGAUCUGUUCAGAGAUUCGAUCCGUUAUAACCUGAUCAAUUGAUUCUUUGCAACUGUUAGUGCCGUAGAUCAAUAUUAAUAGUUUUCAAUAUUAUAAAAUGUUGAAAUUGCAGAAGGUAGGAAUGUCAUAAUUUUAAAAAUUAUUGUUUUACUUUUAAGAUUGGACAGCUAAAGUAAUCUAAGUCUGGUGAGAUCGUGGUCAAACGUCUGCCUAUCCUCCAUAAAAAAAAAACAGAACCAAUUUAUUUUGACCUACGACUACAAACCGUUGUGGCGAUUCUGGCGUAAUUAAAUUAUUAUGGGGCUCGUCGUAGUAAGUAGCUAGACGCUCAAUAGUUAGGUUGGGUCAACACAGAACGAGCUGCCUCGGUAGGAAAUUGCAGCGCACAACAGCUUGGUCUGUGAAGACAUGCCUCGCCCAAGGGAAACGCACGCAGGGGCAUGAUGACUCGGACGAAGCGCGUCUUCAAGGGGGCUACCACGAACAUACGAGAAUUGUCUGUCAUUCGGAUAACGCAAGUGCGAUAGAGAACUUUAUGUCGAAGUUUCCGAAUAUCUAUCUAUUUUCUAAUUAUUUAUUAGGCAGCUCAUUCUGUGUAGACACACCUUAUCCAUAUUAGUGGAUACUGUAAGCGUUUAUGGCGAAUAAACUCAAACAGGGACAUCUUGAUGUGUAAACUUCAGUAUGUUUGACCAUGUUGGAUUUGUGUCAGUUUUUAUACCUACACAUGAGUUAUUAAACACUGGUCUUUACGGCAUUUCCUGGAAUAAUUAAAACACUAUUAUUAAAUUCCUUAUACAUCCUAAAUUUACACCUGUAUAGUCAGUAACGAGUUGGUAAAAUUGAAGCGGAAUUCUCUUUCAUCAACGGCUUUUAAAACUACUUAAGGGUUGAAUUUUAGGUACCAACUCGUUACAGACAUAUACGGGGUGUAAAUUUACGAUGUAUGAGGAAUUUAUUAAUUGCAUCCAACUUGAGCAUUACUGAUUUACGAUUCAAAUUAAAUUGGACGUUCGGGAAAUGUGACUUGUCUUUAAAUGAAUAUAUUUGGAUUUUUUGGGAAAACCUUGUAGAUUGGUGCCGCCUGUGUUACAAUUCCAAAUAAAUUUCUUCAUCGACUUUUCUUUACGUGUUGUGUAUAAAAGGCAUAAAAGCAGACACUCGUCUUUUUGGUCAAUGAAACAAAAUAUACCUACUAUUAUAGCAAAAUAUCAUGUGCAUAGUAAAUUGUUUUUAUGUUCGUCUAAAUUAUAUUAUUUUAUAGUCAUUAUUAUUUAUUCAUAUUGUGUACGAACGACGUAGCACGAAGAUCGCCGGCACAGAACAUAAAGUAGGACACAACGGCUGCAUACAAGCUAACACGGUGAAAUCACUACCAGUCAAAAGUAGACCUUAUCUCAAUUCAGUAAGGUUUACGAAUGGUCGGUUAUAUAUUCAUUAGAUAUAGCAAUUACAGCAUUAAAUGCACAAUUAAUUGCAGAAUUUCUCGAGCAAGUUCUUUAUAAAACUAAUCUAAUUUACCUACAGCCUGAGAGAGUGAAAAGAAGAGGAGCAACUAAAAACGAUGAAAACGCCCUUCAUGGCAAAAAUGUGGGCUACAAUUCCAUUCUAUUUGUUUUUGAUUAACUGAAAAUUUAAUGUGAUUUAUGGGCGCCAGAAGGCGAGACUCGUGCACAUAGCCUAUAUAGUGUUGAAAAUCGAUUCUGUUCUACUUUUAUAAUAUUUUUUUGCUGCAAUCGGUACCUACCUAUUAUAUGUUCUGUGCCAUAGCUGCCUAUGCCUACAUAUCUAUCUGUUAGAAUAUAACCAUGGGAUGUGCAUGAGGGAAUGUUAUGUUAAGUUUUUCCAAAAAGAGAUUAUUUCUCUAACUUCUCUAAGUACCUAUAGUAAAAAAAUUAUGGCAGUUCAUAAAGGAUUAUUUAAAAGUUUUUAAUGUGUCACCAUGAGAUAACUUCUCGAGGCUACCAAGACUUGAAAAUCAAAAUCGAACUGAGUUAAAGCCCGUCCAGAAAUAUAUGAUCAUUGUCAAGAGGGCGCUGUUCUUUUCAUGUAUAGGGUGACAGUUCAGUUUAGUAUGAAAAAUGUAGUUCCGAUGAAAUUCCGCAAUAUGGCGCGUGAUCAUAUAUUACUGGUCAGGCUGGCUGUAGUUUUGUUUUGUAGCCAUUAAAACAUAGUGAUUAUAUGCUCUUUGGUAGCCAUACUCAACCUGCGCCCGCCUUGCGAUCCUGGUAUACAUAGCACCAUAACAUGCCACCGUUCAUUUAGCGCCCCGGGGCUGCAAGGGCAAGUUCUUCACGAAAUACAGUCAUAAAAAAAUCGGUCAAGUGAGAGUUCGUUUUAACUCGCGCAAACUAUUCAGAUUAGAAAAAAAAAUGAUAUUAGAAACCUCAAUAUCAUUUUUGAAGACCUAUCCAUAGAUACCCCACACAGGGUUUGAUGAAAAAAGAUUUUUUGAGUUUCAGUUCUUUUGUGUGAAAAUCUUAAUGUGGUUCAUAGAAUACAUCUACUUACCAAGUUUGAACAGUAUAGCUCUUAUAGUUUCGGAAAAAAGUGGCUGUGACAUAAACGGACAGACAGACGGACAUGACGAAUCUAUAACGGUUCCGUUUUUUUGCCAUUUGGCUACGGAACCCUAAAAAAUGACUUUUUCAAUGUGUCUGGGUUAGCGCUGCUCAUUUAAACUAUGCCAAAUUUUCAAUCGAUAGCUUAAGUAGUUUGCGAUAUUUAGCUAUGUGACAGACAGACUGACGGACAGAGUCGCACCAUAAGGGUUACUUUUGUACCUUUUUGGUACGGAACCCUAAAAAAGGUUGAGUAUGGCUGAACUGAAGGAUCCAUCCCCAAGGAUUUUUGUCAUUACAUGAGUUUUGUUUUUAUAUAAGGUUAUAUUGUAAUGUGUCUCGGAUCUUUUACUGCAUCCAACUAAUGCAAAUGAAUUGUGUGUUCACUACCACACUAGGCAGCUAUACCAACCGGUAAAACACGUAUACAAUACAGGAAAUGAACUACAAAUGAUUUAAAUAAAUGCUUUUAUGA